CCAAAAUGGCGAGCAAGGAAGUGCUGGAGGACACGGUGGAGGAGCGCGUCAUCAGCGAGGAGUACAAGAUCUGGAAGAAAAACACCCCCUUCUUGUACGACCUGGUGAUGACACAUGCUCUGGAGUGGCCCAGCCUCACCGUGCAGUGGUUGCCUGAUGUGACCAGGCCAGAAGGAAAGGAUUAUGCUCUACACUGGCUGGUUUUGGGAACACACACAUCUGAUGAACAGAACCACCUGGUUGUUGCAAGAGUCCAGAUUCCCAACGAUGAUCAGUUUGAUGCUUCACAAUAUGACAGUGAGAAAGGAGAGUUUGGUGGCUUCGGAUCUGUGACUGGAAAAAUUGAGACGGAGAUCAAAAUUAAUCAUGAAGGUGAAGUAAACCGUGCUCGUUACAUGCCGCAGAAUCCCUGCAUCAUUGCUACAAAAACACCAUCUGCUGAUGUGUUGGUAUUUGAUUACACUAAACAUCCUUCAAAACCAGACCCAAGUGGAGAGUGUAAUCCUGACCUUAGAUUAAGAGGGCACCAGAAGGAAGGCUAUGGGUUAUCAUGGAACUCAAAUUUGAGUGGACAUCUUCUCAGUGCAUCAGAUGAUCAUACUGUGUGCUUAUGGGAUGUAAGUGCUGGACCAAAAGAAGGCAAAAUUGUUGAUGCGAAAGCGAUCUUUACUGGACACUCUGCAGUAGUAGAAGAUGUGGCAUGGCAUCUGCUCCAUGAAUCUCUGUUUGGAUCUGUGGCGGAUGACCAGAAGCUUAUGAUUUGGGACACAAGAUCUAACACCACAUCCAAGCCAAGUCAUUCAGUAGAUGCUCAUACAGCCGAGGUCAACUGUCUGUCCUUCAAUCCUUACAGCGAGUUCAUUCUAGCAACUGGUUCUGCUGACAAGACGGUGGCUUUAUGGGAUCUUCGAAACUUAAAAUUGAAACUCCACUCUUUUGAGUCACAUAAAGAUGAAAUUUUUCAGGUUCACUGGUCUCCUCAUAACGAAACAAUUCUUGCUUCAAGUGGUACUGAUCGUCGGCUUAAUGUAUGGGAUUUGAGUAAAAUUGGAGAAGAGCAGUCUGCAGAGGACGCAGAAGAUGGGCCUCCUGAGUUGCUGUUUAUUCAUGGAGGACACACUGCCAAAAUUUCAGACUUCAGUUGGAAUCCUAAUGAGCCUUGGGUAAUCUGUUCAGUAUCAGAGGACAACAUAAUGCAGAUAUGGCAAAUGGCAGAAAACAUAUACAAUGAUGAAGAACCAGAUAUAGCGGCAGCCGAACUGGAGGGUCAAGGAACAUAA